UAGAGGCCUUGUUCCCUUUUCCUACACUAUGAACAUUGUAGCUUUUUCCUUUGUCGUCAUCAUUAUUAACUCAUUAUCAAUAUUUUUCCCAUGAAGUUUUCAUCGUUGGCUCUCUUUCUUUCUUAAUACAAAAUCCCAGUUCACAAUUUUCCACUUUUCCAUGACACACCUACAUACACACUUCUCUCUUUCUCUCCCUCCCUCCCUCCCUCCCUCCAGGAUUUUCCAGUUUUGUUCCAUCUUUUACAAUUUUGAUAUCAAGUUUGAAGCUUUGAUGCUUUUCAAGAAUACCCACUUUCUUGUUUUUGUAAGGCGAGAAUUGAUAUCAGGCUGAAGUUUCAGUUGGUGGAUACGGGGUUUCUUUUGGUUCUGCUCAUUGGGUGUGCAAGGGAGUGCUGGUUCAUUUCACAUCGUAUAGAGGGAGAGGAAAGGACCUGACUUUUUAUUGUUUGAGAUACGAACCCUGAAAUUGAUGACAUGAGAGUGUUCUGGUUGAGCCUUUGACCAUAUGGGAGGCUUAUUGCACAUGUUUGAGUUCAAUCAGGGUAGGAUGGCCAAGAAAAUUCAUGCUCAUAAGAACAAUAACGAUGAUAUGAAAACAUCUGGAAAUGGCAUGAAGCUGCAAGUAGAAACCUCUCAGGUCCACUGUGCAGAAGGAGAAUUACAAUACUCCUGUCAAGUAGAAGAUGGGUGGUCAAAGAAAAUUAGUCACUCAAAUGUGGAUUCAGCGAAAAAAGCGAACAAAGAGGGUUUUUCCAAACAAUCAGGCGCCAGAAGUAAUGCCCCUAGCCUUGUGGCAAGGUUGAUGGGGAUAGACACCAUGCCUUUACCAUUAGACACUAAAUCUGUCGUUCCAUUGGACGAAAGCACACAUGAAAAUAUGGAGAGGAAGUUUUCAAAGAAGAAAAUGAAUGGAAAAGGUUGGUUUGGUAGGGGUUCUUCAAACUUGAAUUCUUUUAGCCAUAUGGAAUUUGAUUCAUUUUAUCAGCACAUCGAUGAUGAUGAUGAAGAUGAUGAAGGUGGACAUAGUUUUGGAGAACCGGAGCCAAGGGAACAUCCUCAAGAAGAGGAACUCCAAAAAUUCAAGAAAGAAUUUGAAGAGUAUCAAUCAACAAGGUUUAAGGAGUGGCCGAAGGCUGUUGACAUCGGAAGUGGUUCUAGGAGAAUGCUUUCGCUUUCUCAAGAGAACCUGAGCAAGGAGAGCAUGCAACAUAUUUCGAGUUCAAAGACAGAUAACCACUCAUUUAAGAAAAAAGAAUCCUUUCCAUCAAGAAGUAAAACACAAAGUAGGGACUUUGAGGAGUCUUUAAUGAUGAAAUCCAAAAGCAGAUUAUUAGAUAUAUGCACUUCUCCCACUCAGAUAGUUAUCUUGAAGCCUGGUUCUGAAAGGAUUUGCAAUUGCAACCAUGAAGAGAACUUCACAAGUUUACAUAGGAGAAAAGGUAUAGAAGAUUUUCUUGAGGAAGUGAGAGAGCGCUUGAAGUGUGAACUCCAAGGGAUUAGAGCCAGUGGAAUCGAGACACCUUUCAAUGAUAAAUCUGUUGCUAAAGAGGUCAGAGAAAGUAUGACUAGAGAUGCUGAACCUAAUUUACUGCGCUCAGAAUCAACAAGAUCAUACAAAAGUAAAAUGCAGCUCAACGGACAAAGUUCCCCAGAAUUUUUCAACAUAGAUACUAGGAGGUUCUUGUCAGAGAGGCUAAGAAAUACUGUAAAAAAUGAAUUGCAUUUGGACAUUCCUGAAGUGGCUUGUUAUUUAGAGAAUGACAGAGUUAGACUAAAGCAAGAUACUAUAAAGGGUACAGAUGACAAGAGCCAGUGGGGAGUUCUAAAAGAGAAAAAAGAAUUACAAACAUGUUCCAAUAGACAUAAAUUAGAUGACAACGUAUUGCUCCACAAGGAGUUGUCACCUAGGAACCUUGAAAGAUCCUUGUCUGCUCCUGCAUCAGGAGCAUUAUUUGGAAGGCUUCUUUUGGAAGACCGCCACAUUUUAACGGGUGCCCUUAUCCAGAGGAAGCUUGAAGCGGUUGAAGCUAGGCCUGUGGGUGCUAAAAAACAGAAGAAAGAUGGAUUUAAUAUUAAAGAAAAACUUUCCAACUUUAAAUAUACUCUUGGUCUAAGAGGGAAGCUGUUUGGCAAAAGGAUUAAGUCAAAAGUAGAAUCACAUGGCACCGAAUAUGGUGAAAUUUUGAGAGAUGCCAGGAGUGGACCAACUAUUCUCAUGAACUAUGGUGACAGACAUGAGAACUCCACCGAGGUACCUCCUAGUCCUGCAUCUGUGAGCAGCUGUGCUGAUGAAGAACAUUGGAGACAGAUUGGGUAUUCAAGUUUAACAUCAACUCCAGAUGCAUCUUCAUUAGAUGAUAUUUUUGUUCCCAAGGUUUUUAGAGAUAUCAGCUCUGGUUUGAACGACCUAAAGAGGCAACUCAGUGAGCUUGAUUCCGAUGGCUAUGAUGAUUUCACUACAAAGCAGGAACCGAUUGAGUCUUCAUUAGUUGAAUUGGAUGAUCCAGCAGAAUCUUAUGUAAGAGAUCUGCUUGUUGCCUCUGGUUUGUACUUUGGUUCAUGGGAUAAAUAUAUUGGCAACUCAGUUUUUGAAGAAGUGGAAGAAUCUCAUAGGAAAUUGGUGAAGGAGGAUGAAAGAUCCAGAAAAUAUCAUAACAAGAAUAAGUUAGAGCACAAGGUUUUACUUGAUUUGUUAAAUGAGGCACUUUCUAUUGUUCUUGGACCACCUUUGACAUUGUCUAGAUUCAGAAGGAAACUAAGCAAAUCCUCCUUGCAGCCUCCACCAUGUGGAAAGGAACUACUAAAGUUAGUAUGGGACAUUGUCCGUGUUUCUUUACAUCCAACCUCUAACACAUCUCUUUAUUCUGUUGACAGUUUUUUGGCACAAGAUCUAGGAUCUAUUUCCUGGUCUGGGCUAACAAACGAUGAGAUUGAUACAUUGGAAAGAGAGACUGCAUGUACAAUCGCCGAUGAUUUGGUUGAAGAAUUCACAAAGGAUAUGCUCUUGUAGGUGUUGUGUGAAAUAUCAUUUUUCCCUUUGUUGAGAUAACUUUUCACAUUGGAGCAAGGCAAGUGCAUGAUUUUCCCAUAGUAACCACGGUGAAACAUUACUUUCUACUGAGAUAGUUGGGAAAGAAUACUGCUACAAUGUGAUGGUCGCAGGUUAUUGUUUCAAAACAUAAAGUCAAUUGAUUUCAGCUAAGGUGGUUACUUUAUGACAUUCUUAUAAUUUAGUUGUGCUGUAUAUAAUGUUACAAUCGAGACUGCUAUUAUGUGCAAAAUGAAAAUGGAUAUGAAUUACAUUUAUACACGUCGUGUCGUACAUCACUGUUCUAUUAUAAUAAUGUAGCAAUGCACUUAUGAUAGAGAUU